UCGCAACUGGUCCCGAACGCGUGACGUUGCCGCUGCUCUUGUUUUGGCAGAUUGUUUCGAUAUUCGCGGAUUGUCAGUCCACCCCAAAGAAGGCGUUUUGUAGUGUCUCUCCAACACGACGCCGCGGUAAUGUACAUAUCUGCGUGUGUGUUGUCCGUGCCUGUAUUUCAGACUGCGUGUGGUUUGUUUGAAGCAGUGUUAUGGACACAAAUCCCGACAGAAGUGAGCUAACUCCUGAACCUAUCAGCUAACUAGCGAGCUAACCAACAUUAGCUUAGCGGUGGUUUGCUCUGUGUGUCCUCGCGGAAACGAUCAAUCGCUGCUCUGACAUGUUUUUUUUUUUAACGCUGGUCAUUCGAACGUUCAGCGAGUGUUACGGUGUCGCGGGCGACGUCACGUCGGUGGAUACAAAUGGAAGUUGUAUCCAGCUUGUGUUGCAACACUGACAGCUUCUCGCAGUGUUGGCAUGUGCUGCUUCACAACACACACGAUUCACAUUAAUGUCAUGCCAACUUCCAUCAGAUCCGACGGUUGGGCUGCGUGAGCGAGUAAAGGAUGACGCAAGUGGAUCUUUUCUAUGGGGUUGGCCAACGCGUAUAAUCAACUUUCGGUUAGCUAGCUGAUGUUGUAUCUAGAUGGUGGCACAAGCCCUAACUAACCCCUCCACCCUGCUCCUCAUUCUUCAGAUUUCCGUUGUGUGUUUAGCUUCCUCUUUGGUUACUUCUCUGGCCGUUGGAUAGUCGCGUAUUCGUCUUUUAGCACUGCGUGAUAAGAUGGUUUACGGUAACAGGGUGGAGUCCAACCUUUUUCUCUUGUGUGAUGGUAUUGAUUGAGCAGUGACUCUGUGUAUGGGCUGAUUCAGGGGGCCUGGUAAGCUUAGUUCCACAAUGGCAGAUGGAGGCAGUGAUGAUGAUGUCAUUCACCUGGCAAGCUUCAACGUCCACCGCAGCCAAGGCUCCCGUUCCCGUAAGAGGGAGCUCAUCACCAUUUCGGAUGACUCGGACGAGGAGCCUGUGACUCUGAUACCCGGCAGUCCGGUUUUAGUCCCGGACGAUGCAGACGAUGACGACAUCAGCAUAUUGGAGCCACUAACUCCUGCACGCAGACACGUGAUUCGCCCGGCAGCGAAAUGGAGUGGGACCUCGCACAACCUAAUUCAGGUUGUAGGUCAUAGUAGCGCAGCGUCCGGGGUUCCUACCGGGGACCCUGGAUCUGCCCCCUCUACCUCCAGAGAUGCCAAGGUCAACUCCUCCGCAGUAAGGCCAGCCAUACAGACACAGACGCCAGUGCUGUCAAGCACUUCUGGACACACACAGCCACAACCCGGCUCGUCAUCGCACACACUGUCUCAGCCAAAACUUUACACAAACUCUCAACAGGCCGGUACGUCAGCGCAUACAAAAGUGGAACUCCAUGAAGUUUCUAUCCAAACCCCAUCUACCUCCACAAAUGCCAACACAUCCAGAGCACCUAUACCUGUACUUUAUCAGCCUCAGCCCGGUACAUCCGGGCUUAUGCAGCCACAAGCUGGCUCUUCAGAACUCGUAACGGUGGAGCCCCAGCCGAGUACCUCUAAAAGGGCCACACACUAUUCUUGUGUGAUUGCAGUAAGUUCUUUUACCAAGGCUCAAGAAAAGGCUAGUACAAGCACUCAGUCACAAGACAAUCCUCAGGCCAGUACUUCAUCUGCACAGUCCCUUUUCCACACGCGGACACAGUCUCAGUCCGGUACGUCGACGCAGCUCCAGUCCAGCGGGGCCGCAAUCCUGCAGCCCCACCUCACCCAGGUGAAGGAGGUAAAACUAGUCGUUCUUCCCCAGCAGCCGAGCAUCCAAGCCUCCGCUCUCAUAACCCAACCUCAACCCCAGCUGCAGCUCAGGCCCCAGAACCCGCUGCAGCCCGUGUCACUCCAUCUAAUGCAGUGCAAUCUCAUUCAGAUUCAACAACAGCUCCUGGCCCCUACCCAGCCUCCAGCCCAGGCCCUUCAACAUCCUCAGGUGAUACAGGUGGUCCCCCCUGCAGUGCUAAUAGCUGCAGCCCCGGAGAGACUUGGACCCCCAGAGGCGGGUCACCGGAUCAUCCUGGGGAGCCAAGCACCCGGGGAAGCUGUUCCCAAUCCUCCGCCACAGGCUGGUGCCUCUGGCGUGCUCCCAGGAGCCCGCAGCCUUCACAUCAGGGUGCCUAACGUGAACUCAAACCUUCCCGUUCCUCCGGCUGCCACAGCUCCAGUCCCCCACAACGGUCGCCUUCUGGCUCCAGCUCCAAACCCAGAAAGAGUCAACCCUGCCCCUGGUCUGGUCGCUGUCCCUCCUGCACCAGAGGAUAUUCCCCGAAUAGAAGACGCAAGGCCCGGUCCCUCUGCACCGCCAGGGAGAGCGGAGCCGCAGCCCCACGUUAGAGCCCUCAUUACUGGUGUUCUGGAUCUAUUCCCAGAUGUCCACGAAGCCUAUGUAGCAGAACUGAUCCAAAAGAAUAAUGUGGAAGACUUGAAUGUUAUCUGUAACCUGCUGUUGGAGAACCCUGAGUACCCGAGGGGGGACACUGCCACAGCAGCUCCCACCAGCAUCCUGCUGGAGUGUGGAGGAACCGAGACAGAGGUGACCGAGGACCUGUUCGACUAUACCAAACUGGGCGCCGUGGGAUCUGAGGCUGUGAUGCAGGCUGCCGACUUGCUCAUGGCAGAUUUCCGGAUGCUCAGCUGUCAGGACAUCAAAUGGGCCCUCAAUGCUCUGAAGGGACACUAUGCAAUCACACGCAAGGCCUUAUGUGAAGCUCUGAAGAAGUGGCAGGAUUCAGGCGACCCCUCAGGAAAGAGACGACGGAGCAGAACCUCCUCAGAGCGCUGCUAUGUCGACUUCCACUUUGAGCACGGUUCGGUGAAGUUUGAUAAGAGGAUGUAUUUCUUGGAGAAUGACCGUCGCUACUGCAGAACGUACAGCAGCCUGGAAGCCUCUGUGCAGAAGGAGCUUUCAUUCUAUCAGCAGAAGGCCAAGGAAUGGGCAGAGCAUGAGGACUUCCUCCUGGCUCUGCAGGUCAAUGAGGAUGAAUACAAGAUGGACGGCCAGCUGAUUGAGUGUGGCUGCUGCUAUGGGGAGUUUGCGUUUGAGAAGAUGACGCAGUGUUCAGACGGACACCUGUUCUGUAAAGAGUGCCUGGUCAAAUACGCUCAGGAGGCAGUGUUUGGCUCCGGAAAUUCGGAGCUGAGCUGCAUGGAGGGAGGCUGCCCGUGCUCCUACCCGGUGUGUGAGCUGGAGAAGGUCCUCCCGGAGAACAUACUGUGUAAAUACUACGAGAGGCAGGCGGAGGAGGCCGUCGCCGCCACUUGUGCUGAUGAACUUGUGCGGUGCCCGUUUUGCAAUUUCCCAGCCUUGUUGGACAAAGACAGGUCUCUGUUUAGCUGUCCCAACCCUCGGUGCCGCAAGGAGAGUUGUAGAAAGUGCCACGUCCAGUGGAAGCAGCAUGUGGGGAAGACGUGUGAGCAGGUCCUGGAGAAGGACGAGAUCCGCAUGAGGGUGCUCUUCGAGGAGCGCAUGACGGCCGCUCGGGUGAGGAAGUGCGUCAAGUGCGGGACGGGUCUGGUGAAGUCCGAGGGCUGCAACCGGAUGUCGUGCCGCUGCGGCAGCUUCAUGUGCUACCUCUGCAGAGAGCCCAUCACGGGCUACAACCACUUCUGCCAGCACGCCCGCUCACCCGGCGCGCCCUGCCGACACUGCCGCAAGUGCUCCCUCUGGACGGACCCCACGCAAGACGACGAGCGAAUCAUUCAGGACAUCCAGAAGGAGGGAGAGGCAGAGCUGAAUAAGAAGUCUUUAGAUAAUUCAGGGAAGAGGGUCGGCCCUCCUCCGGAGCCCAUCACAGAAGCCAAGCGGCCCUGCGUGGGCCCCCUGCACGAAAACCCCCAGAACCCUCACCCUGCGGCCCCUCCUCAUCCGCAGGCGGUACAAGCUCCCCUGUUCGUGCCUCCGCGCGGUCGCUACCCACCGGCUCCGCCGCAGGCCGGGAUGUACCACCAGGUGAUGAUACCCCGGCUGCCCCCGGCCCCCUAUGUGCCCCCCUUACAACACCUGCCCCCCCUGAACAAUAACAACAACAACAACCACCACCAUCACCACCACAACCCUCCCGUCAACCCUCACCACCACAACAUAGACAUGAUGGACCUGCCCAUGCACUACGGACCCCCACACCGCUUCCACCGGCGCUUCUAACUCGCCCCCUGCGGCGAGCGCGCCCUCAGAACCACGAGCGGGCUCUCUGCAGAUCUGCUUUUCAUUGCAGUGCUGUUUUUUUAGCUCUGAUGUUUUGCAUCUGUUUCUGUUUGCAUCACCGUUUUCUACUCCCAUCGCUUGUGUGCUCAUGCAGAGAGGGGGGGGGGGGUUCCUCUGUUGAGCCGAUUUAAGACAGCACUGAAGUAAUGAGCGCAUCUGUGAGGCGACAUACGCAUUCGGACACUUUGCCUUCUCUCGCUGAGCUUCAAUACUGGAGAGCUACAUGUUCCUCCUGUCAUCUUCUGUUUAUAUGUCAAUGGGGAAUUAAUGUACGGUCUAGAAUCUCUAGCAGACCAGUUUAUACUGAUAUUUUUGACUACAUAAUUGAAAGAAGAAAAAAAACAAUUAGCAUUCCCUUCUGUAUCUUUUGUGUAACAGGUAAGAGACCACACAGUUUUCUAAUAAAGUUUAUGUUCACUUUUCUA